UACAGACAGAUGCCCUUCACCAUAGACAGUCAGGAGGAGGGAGAUACGAACCUGAACAUCAUCGGGCCACGGUGCAUCAUCUCGGCAUUCUCUCCAGCAUUCCCAAGUGUCUCCCGGCUGUCGUCACUGGACAUCCCAUGCUCUGACACUAUGCUGGUACUUGUAUCGUUGCUGUUCACUGGUCUGGACUGCUUACUGGCAGCUCCAGCAGGCAGAGAAGUCUACAGGAUGCCCCAGAGUGCACUUAAAGCUCUGUCCGAUCGUGGCACUGUGGUUUUAGAAGCCGCCAUGACCAGCGCCCUUUCCGCUCUCGACCGAGCAUCAUCUGAGAAGAGCCGGGCAGAGGCAAGCUGCAGAGGUUGCACCCCCUGCCUGUUUCAAGACUGUGGACAGCCCUCUGGUUCCUGCUCUUCCCCUGCCAAUGCCGUAUCAGAGCCCGGUUGUGAAAUCAUCAACAAGGCCCAGAAGCUUCAAGACGAAGCAGAGCGGAGUUGGGCUUUGAGCCAGGCCUGCGCAUUCUACCAACACCGCUGUCAAACCGGCAAUUUGGACAAAGACAGCUGCAUCAGAAUCAUGGGUGAGAGUUGCAGCGCCCGUGUCCUCCAGUGCAGCUUGCUUAACACAAUGCAGAACCUGGAACCCGCCACUCAGACGCAUGUGCAGGCCGUGUGUGGUCAGAGGUCAUCCUCGGUGCACAAUGUGACCCGGCCUCGCUCCAGGAUCGUGGGUGGAUCGCCUGCUCCACCAGGUAGCUGGCCCUGGUUGGUGAAUCUGCAGCUAGAUGGUGGCCUGAUGUGUGGCGGAGUACUAGUUGAGAGCUCCUGGGUGGUGACUGCAGCACACUGUUUUGCUGGGAGUCGGGGUGAAAGCUACUGGACAGCUGUGGUUGGGGAGUUUGACAUCACUAAGACUGACCCUGAUGAGCAGAUCCUCAAAGUCAACCGCAUUAUCCCUCAUCCUAAGUUCAACCCAAAGACAUUCAACAAUGAUAUUGCCCUGGUGGAGCUAACAUCUCCAGUAGUACUGUCUGACCGUGUCACCCCAGUGUGUUUGCCAUCUGGGAUGGAGCCCCCAACUGGCAGCCCUUGUCUGGUAGCAGGCUGGGGGUCUCUCUAUGAAGACGGCCCAUCCGCUGACGUGGUGAUGGAAGCCAAGGUGCCUUUACUGCCUCAGACCACUUGUAAGAAUGCACUGGGCAAGGAGCUCGUUACCAACACUAUGCUGUGUGCUGGCUAUCUUUCAGGAGGGAUUGACUCCUGUCAGGGUGACUCUGGAGGACCGCUGAUCUACCAGGACAGACUUUCAGGUCGCUUCCAGCUGCAUGGUAUUACAUCCUGGGGAGAUGGAUGCGGUGAGAUGGGGAAGCCUGGAGUUUAUACACGUGUGUCUGCUUUUUCAGACUGGAUUCAGGCUGAGAUACAGAAGUCAUUUGGCAGCCGAGAGCCAACAUGCCCGGAGCUUCUAAAAACUACAGAAAUGACAGAAGAGGAGCAAAGGUCAGAGUUCAGCACCCUGUGCCGCUUCUAUACUGUCACCUGCCUCCCGAGCCAGUCCACCAGCGCUUGCAGUCGAAUAGCCGAGGACAAAUGUCUCACCCGCUUCAAGAAAUGUCAGCUCCAUUCGUUCCUGCAGACCCUCCUAGACUUGCUCCAGAGGGCCGAGGACUACAUAAGGGACAAAGUGGACCUAACCUUCUUCACCCAGACUCUUCCUCAGCUGGUGGAGCACAUCCACAACACUGCUUUCACUCACACCAGAGACAGGAGAGAUGUGGAUGGGAAUCAUUUGAUGCAGAUUAAAGAGCAGCUAGGUGGCGCUGUGACACCAGAGGAGCAUGGUCCCCCUCCACUUCCUCCAGCUUUGUUUAGAGAGUUGGGCCCGUUAGUGGAGGACUGGGAGAACUACCUGGUAAACAUGGCUGAGGACAUGGAGAAUCAACUCAACGACACAGACACAUCACCCAAACAGGAGGAAAAGCUUUUCUCACAGGCAGGGGACAAUUCGGUUUUUCAGCUUGAGAAAGAAUAUCAAGAUAUUAUCUCAGCGUUGCGCACCAAAAUGGAAUCCAAAGCUGCUCCCCCCAUCCUGCACUUGGAUCUAUCCUUCCUCCAGGAGGGUUCUUCCAACCCUCCUCUUCAUCCUACUUCUCCCACAAGGGCACAAGUCAAGAGUCCUUCCUCCUCCCAGAAAUCCCAGGAACCUCUGACAAUUUUCUCAGCCCUAAUGACUGAAAUUGAAAAAUUAAGGAUGCGAGGUGGAGCUCUGACCAGUGAUGAGACACAAAGUGGAACUUUUAUGACUGGAGUUACUUCUCAUGAGACUGAUCUUGGAAAAUUACAGGCUUCAGUAUUCCCUGCUCAAAGGCAGCCAACGACAGUUGUACCACCUACUAUAGGAGAUCUCACAAAGACGACUUCUCAGCCAACUUUAUAUGCCAGCAAUCCUUUAAGUCUCCACAGGAAAAAAAGAAGCCUUCUUUAUAAAAGACAGACACCUGGGUCCGCUGGGAAAGUUUGUCCUGGUGUUCGAGAAACUUCGCAGCAAGUCAGCCAAGUGAGAGACUCUUACCGCUGGGUGUUAAGUAUCCCAAACACCAACCUCCGCAUGAACUUCCAAGAGGUUUUAGUUGAUCUGAGCUCCAAGAACAAUCGAGGACUUUAUCAAGCACGAAUCAGAGCCACUGUGGCUGGACGACCUUUAACUUUCUAUAGUCUCAUAGGCCUGGGAAAUGAAUCUUUUUACCGCAGUGUGCCAAGGAUCAUCUCCCUGGCGCUGGAGGCCCUCAAGACUUAACUACAAUGGGGACUGCAAGAAGAAACACUGAGGGAAUAUGAACUCUAAUGGACACAAAACUUCAUGUGAAGAGCAUCGUCCUCUUCUGUGGGUCCCUAUUGUGAACAGUAUUCCCACCUGGGAUUCAGUCUUCCUUUGGUUAUGACUGUACGCUAAAACUAUGAAUGUAUCCAUCCAGCCAUCAACCAAGCGCUCGCAACAUUAAGUGGCUACAGCCUUGUCUAACUUAUAAUUGUGUACAAAUAAGUUAUUCAUCCUGUCCUUUGCAAAGGUUGAGCCUCUUGUGAAGAUCACAAACUGUCUAUAUUAUUCAUAUCCUAUUUAUUUGUAUAGAGA